UCCAGGGGACCAUGGAGAAUGUAUCAGCAGUGACGUCCUUCAUACUGACGGCCUACACUGAACUGGAAGAUCAAAAAUAUUUGUAUUUCGCAUGUUUACUCUUUUUGUACAUUUUCACAUUAUUGGUCAAUUCAGUUCUAAUUGGCGUAAUUUACAUUGAGAAAGGCCUGCACGAGCCCAUGUAUUUGUUUAUAUGUAACUUAUCAGUUAAUGGAGUGUAUGGCAGUACAUCUUUAUUACCAUCCAUGCUUAGCCAUUUUAUGUCUCGUUAUUAUGAAAUAUCUUUGACCCACUGCCUGUUACAGAUAUACUGUUUACACUCAUAUGGUACAGUUGAAUUUACUAUUUUAGCAGUGAUGGGCUAUGACCGGUAUGUUGCUAUUUGUCGCCCGUUACACUAUCAUCAAUUAAUGUCUCCUAGAAAAGCUUAUGCAGCCAUUGUAUUAUCCUGGAUUAUUCCCUGUCUGUACUUUGCCCUUUAUUUCAUAUUAACUCUUCAGUAUUCAUUUUGUGGCAGGUUUAUAGAAAAAGUUUAUUGUAUGAAUUUCCCUUUAAUUAAGCUGUCUUGCUUUGAUACGACGUUACAUAACUAUGUAGGACUAGCACUGAUUUUUGUUUCACCUUUUUCUCAGAUCCUCAUGAUACUGUUUUCCUAUGCGCAAAUACUCAGAAUCUGCCUGUUUGUUUCCAAGGAAUCUCAAAUCAAAGCUAUACAAACAUGCACCCCACACUUAAUGGCUGUGAUUAACUAUGCAGUGGGAUGCUUAUUUGAGCUCAUUCAAAGUCGCUUUAACAUGAGUAACGUAUCUUAUAAAGCCCGCAUAUUCAUGUCUAUAUAUUUUGCAAUAUUUUCUGCAAUACUUAAUCCUUUUCUUUACGGAAUGGGAAUUCACGCCAUACGAGUUCAGAUUUUAAAACUGUUCAGUAGUAGCAAAAGUAAAUGAGCACUUCUACUAAUGGUGAAGAUAAUAAAUAAUUGCUUGCUUUUUUUGUUAUUUACAUUUUCUUAU